AUGGACCAUCACAUUCCUUCGCCACCGGCCCAUACGCUAUGGCACAAUCCACCUAUGGGCAAUUCACUUGCUCAGCUACUUUCCCCAAUUCCUCGUGCCAGUAGUGACGAAGCAACCUUCGCCACGAACUUGCGAGUUGACGACACGAACGGCCUCGUAUGGACAGUCGACAGUCGGAUUGCAAGCCCGCGCGAUGAUAACAUGAACUACUUGGAGAACCGAAACGAGGCCUUGACGCCAUGCAUGUACGAAUCGGAAGGCUUCAGCAGCCUUUUCGAAGAAUCUUCGAGUGGAUCCGAGGGCAACGUCUGCAGUUUGGUGGGCCGCAAAGACAGCGAUCCAGGCGACCACGACGAUGAAUGGGAGGACAGUUUCAACGUCCGCCAGGGCAUUGCUGAUCUCGGGCGGAAAGUCGACGCCUUGCAUGUGACGGUGGUCGAAGGCGACCGGUUCACGCUGCCAUGUCUGUGGACGUUGGAGGAGAGGACGGGCAUGGGAUUCGUUGCCAGGUCCGUGCGAGCGCUCUUGAAAACAGAGUUUCGCGUGUCCUUUAUCUGCGAGAUGCGGGACGGCGAUCGCCGGUGUGAACCCUACCCGUGCGACCAGGAAGAAGCGUUGAUCGUUACAGCCAACUCUCCGCUCGUGCAAGGCGCCCUUCCCUUCCUUAAGGUGACGUGUUCGCUGUUCAAGGUGCUGGGCCUCGUUGCUGGGGCCGGCGGCAUCGUUGGCGAUUUCUUCAAGUUUGACGACUCGACCAUGGCAAACGUCACGUCUGCGAUCGACGCCGUCGCCAACUUCAACGAAAACGUUAUCGAGAAGCUCGAUGUGGAAGAAAAACUCAACAACUUGGCCGAUUCGCUCGCGGACAACAGAGACCCGGAAGAAGUGGCAAGCAUCAUGAGCCAAACGCUCCAAAUUUACAAGCAACACCGCAAGGACGCGGGCAGCUACGAACGACUCCACCAGGUACUUGGCAGCAUCAAGUUUGACUGGACGAAGCACCACAUUAUUGGUGGCCUGGUCAAGAAAGUGAUCAAGAGUGGAUUCCCCGAUGCGGGCGAGGUCCGAUGGGUGUGCAAAGCUCAUGCAGAAUCGAACGAGAACAUCUUGAUGUAG